AUGAAUUUAUCUCCUCUCUCUUACUGCCUAUAUUCCUUUCUCUUCUUAUUCCCUCCCACUUUUUCUCCAUCCACUUUUAAAAAUAUGCACUCGCUUCCAUCUUUCUUUUUCUCUCUCACUUUCUUUUUAUCUUUAAAUUCCCUUUCAUCAUUUUUUAUUUCAACUUCUUUCUUUUCGGUUCUCUUUAAGGUUCUCCUUCUUAAACUCUACGUUCUUUCUUUCCCUUCUUAUCAUGUGUCUUUCAUUUUUUCUUUUAUUUAUUUCUUUUUCUUUCUGCAUCCAUUUAUUUUUCUAUUUUUCUUUCUCUACAUUUUCAAUUUUGAAUAUUUUUUACUUUUUCAUUUUUUGCCUUUCUUUCUUUCUUUCUUUCUUUCUUUCUUUCUUUCUGUUUUCAUUCAUUUAUUUGUCUUUCUUUCCUUUUUUCUUUUCUUUCCUUUCUUUCUUUCUUUCUUUCUUUCUUUCUUUCUCCAUUUAUUUAUCUUUUUUUCUUUCCCGACGACACUUUCUGUUCCGAAUAUGUUUUACCUUUUCUUUCAUUUUUGGACUUUCUUUCUUUCUUUCUUUCUUUCUUUCUUUCUUUCUUUCUUUCUGUUUUCAUUCAUUUAUUUGUCUUUCUUUCCUCUUUUCUUUUCUUUCUUUCUUUCUUUCUUUCUUUCUUUCUUUCAUUCUUUCUUUCUUUAUUUAUUUAUCGUUUUUUCUUUCUCGACAUUUUCUGUUUCGAAUAUGUUUUACAUUUUCUUUCAUUUUCUGACUUUCUUUCUUUCGUUCUGUUUUCAUUCAUUUAUUUGUCUUUCUUUCCUUUUUCUUUUCUUUCCUUUCUUUCUUUAUUUCUUUAUCCAUUUAUUUAUCUUUUUUUCUUUCCCGACGACAUUUUCUGUUCCGAAUAUGUCUUACCUUUUCUUUCAUUUUCUUUCUUUCUUUCUUUCUUUCUUUCUUUCUUUCUUUCUUUCUUUCUUUCUGUUUUCAUUCAUUUAUUUGUCUUUCUUUCCUUCUUUCUUUCUUUCUUUCUUUCUUUCUUUCUUUCUUUCUUUCUUUCUCCAUUUAUUUAUCGUUUUUUCUUUCCCGACGACAUUUUCUGUUUCGAAUAUGUUUUACCUUUUCUUUCAUUUUCUGACUUACUUUCUUUCUUUCUUUCUUUCUUUCUUUCUUUCUUUCUUUCUUUCUUUCCCCACUUUUUUUUCUUUCUCGACCUUUUCAAUUUUGAAUAUUUUUCACCCUUUCUUUUAUUUUUGCUUUUCUAUCUUUUUUUUCUUUUUCAUUCAUUUAUUUUUCUUUUUUCUUCCUGUCUUACUUUUCUUUCUUUCUUUAUUUCUCGAUCCAUUUCUAUUUUUUCUUUUUUACUUUCUCGACUACAGUUUUAGUUUUGAAUAUGUUUUUUCCUUUUCUUUCAUUUUUGGCCUUUUAAUCUUUCUUUUUCAUUCAUUUCUUUCUUUCUUUCUAUACUUAUUUUUCUUUUUUCUUUCUCGACAACAUUUUCAAUUUUGA